AUGGAGGUAGUGGAUUAUACAACUUAUAUUGAAGAGCUACAUGACAUAUUGAUGGAAGGACAGGAAGUCAUUCUCCAUCUAUCCAAAGGAUACAAAACUGCCGCAAGAGUAGAUCAAGAAUGGCGGGAAAAAAUGAAAAAGGUUGUAAAACAGUUCAUGGCAUUUAUUUAUAACUUUGCGGGAGGCAGUCCGGAGUCGAACCAGUACCUGAUAGACCUGCCAAAAUUGCUGAAGAUCGACGCUCCGACAGAGGACGAUCCUGAGGAAGAUCCCUGUGAAGCUGAGGAGAAACCGGAGCAGCCUGCUGAUGAAAUACCGUCCACGGCUCCAAAACCGAAUUGGUGGGAAGAGUCAGACGCGGUCGAUCGUCCGUUUCUGCUGUACGGUGACAUGGCAGACUUCAGUCCUGAUCAGAGACGACAGGCUCUCAAGACUAUGAAGCAGAAGAAAACUGCGCCCAGAAAGUGGAAGGACUAUGCUUUCAGAUCGAUGUUCCUUAAAUCGAGAUGUUGCAAUUUGAAUCAAAUAAAAGAUCUGUACGUGAACAAGCUGCCGCUUCCCACUAAAUUCGAAUGUAUGAAUUAUCUGAACGGCAACGGGAAUGAUAAGGAAGGGAUAAGGGGAUCUAAAUCUUCAUUACCAGGUCGUGGAGGAAGUAUAGAUAUACGAGGGAAUAUGGGAUCUAUUCUAAAGAUCAUUACAUCAGUACCAAAUGCUGCACCAGUUAGUGCUAAGACAGAAUUACUUGGCGCUAGAGACUCCAUGGAGAUCACACCCACCACCAAGCUGCGCGAGCGCCUUUCCCUAAGGCCAACGGAUAACAGCCAACCAAAGACUCAAACUCUUAACAUAGGGAAAAAAAGAGGUUCUGUCUUCGAAUCGCCGAAAUACGAGGAAUUGGUGGAGGAACAAAUAACUACAAUACAUCCAAAUCCAAUACAUGACGGCUCCCAUGAUAAUAAGGAUCAGGUUGAAGACCAAUCGAACCUAGGGAGCAUUCAUAACGACAGCUUACACGUGAUCAAUAGCCACGUUCCCGAUAUUGAUCGGAAGAUAAACUAUGAAAGAGUCUGCCCCAUGGAGAAAUGUCAGCGGUUACAAGUGGACUCCUUCAUGAGGUCACUCCCUCCAUACAUGAGGGCUAAUCCCUUCACACAUUUCGAGCAGAACUUCGAACACUACGAGACUUGUUCACCAGAACAACUAGCGAUUUUAAAACAACGUAUUGAACAUAAGAUGACCAAAGAAAAGGAGAAUUCUAUAGAAAUGGAAUCUCCAAUGGAGGAGUGGGUUGGGAAGGGAAUUGCUGUGCAGACCUCUGAGGGGGCCAUGGACUUGCCUCCCUGCGACUGUCACGUGCCCAGCCCUUCGCCUGCUUCCACUGAUAUUGUGUUUAAUGUUCAAGAUUUGAUUCCGGUGAAGCAAGCUAUGGACGCAAUUCACAGAGAAUUUCUCUAUGAUACAGAGAAAAUUAACUUCGACAGGUUCAAGUUGAUCGGACAAGAAAGCAGAUCCUUUUUGUAAGUUCAAUUUGAAAUUAGAGUAAUAGGGACAACAGGUCAACAUGCUUCGGCACGAAUCCACCACGACCUCAAAGAAAAUCGGGCGUGAAGCAAUCACAGCGUUGUAUUUCGUCGUGUGAAUGAGGUAUAUUAUCUCGAUCACGAUUGAAAAGUUAAGUCAGGGUAAAGACAUUUAAAAUUUUUACGUCCUUCAUAUCAUCAUCAUCAUCGGGUAGAUGUCCACUGCUGAACAAAGGCAUCCCUCUUAGUCCUCCAUGUCAAACGACAACUCGCCAUCUGCAUCCAUUGGCUCUCCGCGACUCUUACGAUAAUUUCCCCCAUAUAACGCUAAAAACACUAAAAUCCUCAGGCAAGAAGAAAUAAAGAAGAAUAAUUCAAAAGACUUCAAACAAACAAGGUAUAAUGACAUCAAGAAAAUAUUGAACCAGCAUCCAAGUCUUUUGGACAUUUUCCAAGCUAACGCUAUGUAAUGAAAUGCAAGUCUCAUGUAAACGAUUUAUUUCUAAAUCUGCAGUAACAAACAGAUUAAAAC